AUGUGGACACUUUGUGUCAGAGCUAUAUCAUUAUGCUUUGGUGCCGUCGUGGUGGCUAAAGAACAAAAGACGGCCACCCUACACUGCUCGCUACGGCGAACGGCGGCUAAUCUAGACCAGGAAGCUGCUAGCUACUGCUACAAUUCGGGCUCGCGUUUAUUCAUCAGCUAUGAUACCCCUAAGGUUGCGCGUACUGGGGGUCUGGACAAGAGCGAGAACCAGCUGAGCUACCCUGCCUCCAAAUACGACAACCUGAAGGCUGUCUUCUGA